AUGAAGGGAGCACUAAAGAAGCAUCACUCGGUGAUGAUACCAGUAAGAUCUAUCCUUACUCUAUAUUUACUCAAGGCUUCACACAAACGCUUGGAAAAGAAUCAGGAUAAAAAAGCUUCGGUAUCCAAUGAAAAUCAAACGGAGACUUGCUCAACUAGCGGUAAGGCAGAGAAAAGGCAAGAAGAUUCUCCUAAGGAGACGUGCGUUGGAACAGACCCCAUCCUGCAACAUCCAACAGUGAAUCCAUCUUUCAUUUUUGCUCCUAGUUCUUUGAGCUAUGCAGAACGCUUGCUUCUACAAAAGAACAGGCUUCACGAGCUUCCAGCAUUUAGUCCAAUAAAUGUCAUUCCAUCCGUUCCUACAGCUAGUACCACGGAGGAGGAAGGUAGAGAAAUUGAUGUAUCUCCAGACUGGUCAGACAAGGAGGAAAUCCCCAGUGCUGAGUCGCUCUAUCAACUGUCUCAAAUCUCUCUGGCGGAUUACAAGAGCAACAUGUUAGAGGUCAGUAACACGGAUCCGGUGUUUGCGGUCGAAUCACACGCAGACCCCCUGACGGACAAUGCAAGAGUUGAUGUUGGUGAUGCGACUGAACUCAGGCUAUACGCGGAAUCACACGUUGAGGAAACAAUCAAGUAA